AUGGAGUCUCAACUCAUCUCACCAUCCGGAAUCAUCUCGCCUGUUCUCUGGACCCUGGGGAGGGUAUGGAUUCUCAACAUCGCCGUAAAAGCUUGGAAGGCACGUCGUAUAUUCGUUGACUUGCAAAAGCAAGGGCUGGUCUGCUCAUGCUCCAACAUGAUCCGUUUCCGGAGCUAACGAAGACUAGCCCAUGCCAAAAUACAACCUCCUUUUUGGACAUUUGCUCACUAUGAAGACGUACAUCGACAAACUACCCCCAGAUGCGCAUCCAGCGUACUCCUUUGGUCAAAUCGCUAAGGAUGGAUUUCCUAACGGGGUAUUUUAUCUGGAUAUGUGGCCCUUCUUCAUGCCUCUACUUGUUUGUACGUCUCUGUCUGCAGCCGUGGAUGCAACUCAAAAAAACUGCGAUAGCCCCCAAGAAACCCAAGUCCUUGGUUCGGUGGUUCCAGCCAAUUGCUGGGGGACCAAAUCUCUUUACAAUGGAAGAAGAAUUAUGGAAAUCAUGGCGAGGUACUUUCAAUCCUGGCUUCAGCCAAGCACAUAUUAUAAAGCUAGUCCCGAAAAUCGUAAAUGAAGCCCUGGCGUACAGGAGGUUGUUAUUCGAGUACGCUGAGCGUGCAGAAAUCAUCCUGCUAGAUGAGGAGACAUUGUGGUUCACUAUGGAUAUGAUAGGAGCGCUUGUACUGUAUGUACAGCUUACCAACCCUCAAGAGCCGUGCUGAUAACUCUCACAGCGAGAGCAACUUGGAUUCGAAGAAGACCAAAACUCCCUUAGCAGUCUCUCUAUUGGACCGAACUCGAUGGCACCUGGGGGACGCUACCAUAAACCCCUUUGUUCGGUAUUACCCACCCCGCUUAUUUGCACAAUGGCGAAAUUCCAAGCGAAUGAACGCAUAUAUUGGCCGAGAAUUGGACUUGAGAUAUGAAGCUUACAAGACGAACCUGAAAUUGGCAGACAAUUGGGAUAGCAAAUCUGUCAUUGGUCUAGUUCUAGAAGGUUAUCUGAAGGAAAAUGGAGGCACGAAGGAACUUCCUGCCACAACGACGAGACCUUUAAGUCAUACGCUACUUAUCAGAUACGUACAUUCUUAUUUGCCGGUCAUGACACCACAAGUAGUAGUAUUUGCCACGCAUUCUAUCUCUUAAACAAGAAUCCAGAAACCCUCAAGAAAUUACGCGAGGAACACGACACCGUUCUCGGGAAAGAUCCAACAUCCGCGGCGAGUGUCAUAACCAGCAACCCACAAACACUCAAUCAAUUGGUCUAUACGCCCUCGGUGAUCAAAGAAGCAAUGCGAUUGUUUCCGCAUGCCUCGGGAGCCCGACAAGGUGUGGAUGGAGUUGAUAUCACAGACGAUGAAGGAAACAGAUAUCCAACAGGAAAUACGAUGGUUUGGAUCAUCCACCAAGGAAUUCAACGGAACCCCAAAUACUGGCCUAAGCCCGACGAAUUUAUUCCAGAACGCUGGAUGACGGACCCUGGCGACCCUAUGUAUCCUACAAAAUGGGCUUGGAGACCAUUUGAAUUCGGACCGAGGAAUUGUGUCGGACAAGGCCUCGUAAUGAGUGAGCUCAAAGUGAUUCUAGCACUUACAGCAAGAGAGUUCGAUGUUAAGGAUUCAUAUGAGGAGUUUGACAGACUUCACCCCCGCAAAAGCAUAGUUACGGUUGAUGGAGAAAGAGCGUAUCAAUUUGAGUCUGGUGGAGCUCACCCAGCAGACCACAUGCCUUGCAGAGUAUUUCUCCGUAAGUAG